CGUAAAUUACGGUCGAACUCACGCUGCGAAUAGAAUAAUGCAUUAUUGAUCACGAAGGAGAACGAGCGGGCACGACAGCUGCAGCCGGGAUCUAAAUUCGUUAAAGCAAAUCAAUGAUCUAGUCUCUGGUACCGAUGAUUAAUUUACCCUGUAACGCGGCCUCGAUGUCACAGGUCACGCCCUGUCAGAACGUACCCGUGCAGACGAGUCAGUAUAAUUUUCCAACAUGUCAACAACGGCAAACCAGCACUCAGCAGAUGCAAACUGCAGCAUGCGGUCCGUGCUCCGGAACUUCUCAAGGUGGACCUGUCACUCAUGUUUGUCAGCCGGAUACUUACAUAGUGACACACCAAUGCGCACCGGGUACACCACAGCCAAUAACGAAUCCAUGUCACCCAGUCUUCCAGAGCUUACCACCGACUCAUCCCGGCUGCGGCCAACUGCCGCAGAAUAUUUUGGACCAGAUUCGUGCGUGCAUUAGCAAUACGGCGCCCAUCUUUAUCCUGCCCAGCAACUACCAACUAUCGCCAGCGUCCCAACAACAACAACAGCAACAGCCAUCAAUGCCUCCUUUGCCACCUCAAAUAACAUCAUCACCUCCAGCGGGUCAUCCACCGGGUGGAUUGACUUAUCCCGCCGCCUGUUAUCCAUCACCACCGCCAUUCUAUCCUUAUCCCAUGCCUCUGCCGUUCUACGAUCCGUUUAUUCGCACCCGUGAGGUCCUGUCGAAUUGCGGAUGCUGUCAGAGAGGUCAAAGAGGCGACGUGGACUCGACGGAGAUUAGAAACGUCCUACGUGCCGGUUGUCGUUACGACGCUACCGAUCAGGCCGAGCAUCGUUGCACGCCCAACGUCGAUGAUACUAUCUGCUCGCAAAGGAACUGCCCGGCCUCCCUACAUCUGCAAGCUUUGGCUUCGCAAUUUCUAUCAUUGCAAGGCAUCAUACCUUGCGCUGCCACACGACUGGUGCUACGUAAAGUGCCGGGCUCGAACGUGACCACUACCAUGGAGGACACGAUGGCAAAGGCGCAAAAGGCUAUAAGCGCCCUGACCAAGGAUCAGCUGUUAACGGAAUCGAAGAACGCGCAGCAAGUGAACACCCUGAUUAAUCUGCACAUGACGGCUAAUCCGCCACCCAACAUCAUCCCGAUCCUCACGUUAGUACAACUGAAGAUGAAUCUACUGAAGGCGCAAGUUGAAGGACUCGUCAAUCAGAAGAUAAUGGAGAUUCAGGGGGUUGGUGUGGAGGUGAUGACCGAUCUGAUAGAUCCGACGGUCCUCGCUCUCAAAUCUGACGCCGAGCUGCGAGACUUCCUAUCGGCGUUACGCCAGAAAGAGUGCGACGAGCGAGUGAACGUAAACUUCGCGCCGUACCGAUCGCAACGCGCGAUCGCGGAGACUCGGUUGAGCAACGUUCAGAAUAAAAUCCGUCAAGUGGAGGCGGAAUUUGAUCGCAGGCGAUGCGCGAUGCUGCCGGCGCCGACGUUGUCGUCGCGCGUCCUGCAACAAUUCUCAAGGCCGUGUUAUUCGGCGAGAUUCGAGGAUCCCAGGAAAUUGUACAGCACGGUGCCGCCAGACAUUCGUUCGCCGGACCCGUUCGCCUAUGGGAAACCACGCAGUCCCAAGAGGCUGCUACUGAAGCCGUGCACGAGUAAAGCCGAGACCGUUCCAGCAGCUGGCACGCGCGGCAAUCCUCCGAAAAACCCGGACGACGAUCGCGCGAAAGAACGCCCCGCGACUUCCGUACAGCAACGUCGUUCCAGCACGGAGAAUUGCGCGUGUCGCGACAGGACGACGUCGGAGGAGAGCAUUGAGGAGGAUAAAAAAAAACUCCGAGCAAGAAUCAUCGAAAUAGACGCGGCGACGACAGUCAGUAAUGUUGAAGGAUUGGAACAGGCUUGGAUGAAGCCGACGUCGAACGUCUGCGCGAGGAUAGACACCGAAGGAUACGAGGCAGCAGCGCGAACGUACGGAGAAAGAAACGAGAUUCCAUGCGGCGCGCAAUGUUGGACAGCCAAGGCAUAUAUCAACGUCACCGACGACGAAUCGGUGAAGACUUUAACGGAAUCUGAGAGCGAUACGGUUACGCUCGGCGGGAAGAUCAAUGUCGAGGACGUUUGCGAAGCGCGAGAUGCGGUUGAGAUUCGGAGCUGCGGCCAGACGACGAAUCAGCAGGAAUUCGCGAGUACGCCGAAUGUGCAGCAAUAUGAAAAACAAACAGACGAUAAAAUCACAGUUUCAGGAAGAGAUGAAAUUGUUGAAGAACGCGGCGACAUUAGAGACGUUCUACCGCCGGAAGCUGUUCAAGAAGUGGCGAGGACUGCAGCCGCAACGAGAGUUGCGAAUGAAGAACCAAUUUCAAGUAUGCAGGAAACGGAAGCAAAAUCAUUAGAUGGCAUACGUACUUCACUACUAAACAUUAUAUUAAAAUCGGAAAAAGAAUGGCACGGACAGGAAGAUAAAGACGGUGGUGGAAUCUUGCCAUCAACUGCGGAUGCCGCGAUAGAACGAAGCGCAAGUCAAGUACCAACGAGCAAAGCCAAGAAGAAAAUAAAAUUUCACAUUGUCUCGUUGAUGACGAAUAUCGAAUACGAUAAAAACCUGGAAUUUGAAAGGAAACGAAAAAUGGAGAAAAAAAUAGCGAUAAAUGAUAAAGUAAAUAUAAUCACCGAUCCGGAUAUUGAAAUAUCAAGUGAUCGCAGAUCGAUAGAAAGUCUUCCAAGAAGCGUCGUCGCACAUAAUAUUACUGCCGCGAAAGAUCGCUCGGAGAACAGAUUUCCAAUGGGAACGGAUCUUCCAAAGCUCUGCUUCGAUCAUCAAUGCCAGACCACAUUUAAAGAAGAUAAAACUACAGCUGUUCCAUUGUUAGAAGCGAAUGCGUUUCCUCCGUUCAAAAAUCUGCAUAAACGUGUAACAGAUAAUGAGAAAAAUGGAGGCAACGUAGGAACUUAUUCGAGUCUGAUAACGAAAGCAGGAAUUACGACUACAGAACGUUUAUCCCGCUGUAACGACGUCGCAGGAAGUACCUUAGAAACUCUUAGCACGAAUAAUGUGCCUUAUCGUUCCAAUGUGGAACGCAAAAGAAGUUUAAUUUUGAAACUAUUUUCUAUCAUUGGCAAUCGCAUGAAUGCAUUUAUCAAUAAAAUAAUUGAAACAAUCACCGGAAGAUUAUUGUAUGUGAUUCGUGUAUAUGCGAGCGCAAUAUUCCGUAAAAAUAAUUUCCUUAGAAGAGACGUUUCAAUAAGCAAUCCCAACCUGAUUUCGAAAGAUUACGAUUCAUUCGCUGGUACCUCGCGUUAUUCUUCUGGUUUGAAUUGUAAAACUUCUAAAAUUUAUAAUAAAUAUGAUUUUCACGAUAGCAACUUAUUACGAAUUUCCACGAAAGAAGAAUCCAAUGGAAUACGCAAAAUAAAACAUUCAAUAAUUGAAGAUAAAAAAAACGACAGAAGAUAUUUAUUGAUCGGUACAUCAAGUCACAAUCGAGACUUGAUACUGACGCGUGAUUUAGGUCGACCUUACAAAGUACAGAGAAGUCUCUUGAUACGUAGUCGAUUGAAAAAUUCUCUAAAUUCACAGGAUUAUCCGUAUCCUUUUUCUCUUUUGAAACGUACAGAGGAAAACGUACUUCCUCGUCAAGCGCAACGUAACGAGAACACAGAAAUGAUCAAAGAAAACAAAAUACACCAACUGAAGAAUAGUGAAAAAUUCUGGACAUUAUCAGAAAUUGUAAAAAUAAACGAAACUAACGGGAAAUUGUUAGAACCGAGAGAACAUGAGUCUGAGGAACAAAUUUUAAGCGAACAUUUGCACGAUAUGAAAAAUAAUGUAUCUACCGUACAAAAACAUACAGUCGUUGAUAAUACUGCAAUCAGCAGUGAACUAGUAAUAAACGUUCACAAUUAUCUCGAACUGCAAACUGAAAUAAAUAAGAAUAUAUAUGAAAAUCAUAGCGCAUGUUUAUCAAUAUCUAAUAACUGA